AUUGUUUAGUAGCAAUGAGUUAUUGUUUAACUUGUAACACUAGAGAGUAUAAACAAUUUUCAGAUGCUAUAUAUAUUCUGUCUCAAAAAGUUAAUGUUGAUAAAAUUAAUAUUGAUAUAGCAAAAUUUCUUGAAACACAACUGCUAUUAACUAAAAAUAUGCAUAUUAUGCUCAAGACAAAUUUAUAUAUGAAACUAGGAGUAGUUAAUAGUGCAUUAGAAAUAGUUUAUAAUAUUCUAUCUGAAGAUAAUUAG